CGUCCGCGAUAACUUCGAACAUUCUCGCUCGCUCACUUCGUCCGUAUACAGGACCUUUCCUAUACCAAACCAAAAGGACGAUCAAGAAGAAUCAUAAAGGACGUAGAGCGCGCGCUAACCGGACGUGUGGAUUUUGAUGAACUCGAUGUGUGCUAUGGAAGCAGUGUGCAAGGAACAGUGAAGUGUGCAAAAACGAGGAAACCAAUCCCCAUAAAGGAUAAGACGCAGCGGAAGAAGACGAGAAAUCAACGCGUCGAGAAGUAUUUGAAAUUUAAACUUUUUGCGAAGAACAAGAAAAAGGAAAUUCUUGUUGUCGCGCGAAGAUGUUGAAGUGGUCUAUAGCAAAUAAACGUGAGGAGAAAGGAGGAGGCGGCAGCGGUGAACAGAGGCGCCGCUCCACGGCUGGCAUCUGCACCAUGAGGGAGAGAUCUGCGGGGAAGGCGACGAAGCGUCGACGAUCGAGCACGACGCGGCGCUCGGGUGCGUCGCGACGCUCCGGCGUCAACCAUCUGGAGAUUAUGGACAAGGAGAACCAAUACACGUCGACGCCGAUCAAAGGUUCCGACGAUGCAUCACCGCAGGACGCCUUCCGCGACGUCAGCAAUCUCACGCCGAAGGACACUUCGAACAGAAGGAGGAGGACGACAACCACCACGAUAACGACUGCGAAAAAGUGCAAGAGCAUCAACAGACAGCUGUACUCGCCGAAGAAGAAGAAGCAGUGCAUUGAAUCGCACAGCCAGGAUUUUGCCAUCAGCCCAGACAGCAGCAGAUUCGGAAAUAAUUACUUUAGGCCUUUCGAAGCGGUAGAUUCGCACAUCGAGGGUUUAACGAGCAAAGAUUUUAACGAUCUGUGCGGUUGCAAAAACGCAGCUUUCGAAGAUGACGACGAUGAUGUUGAUAUUGUGGUGGAAGAGAAACCCACGAAGACGACGUCGUACGCUCCUACGCUACCGAAAUUUGCACUCGAGUAUUCACCAUGUUCGAUAAAAGGUGGUGCGAGUCCUCAACCUCGUGUCCCAAUGCAAAUCUUAUCCAUCCAAAGCAAAUUGGCGGAUCUGUGUCCGCCCAGCAAGAAAGCGAAAAUCGAUCACGUCAAUGAUUUCCUUCAGCAGAUCUCGUGCUUCACGUCGCCGGAGGAAGACGAAAGUAAAAUGCUUCGUUUUCCAGCACACGACGAGGACUCCAAACUGACACCACUGGUCAAGCGAUUCGUCGAUUUGAGAUUCAGCAAACUCACCUCCAUCGAAGACAGCAGCAACAACCUGAACAACUCGUCCUUCAUUAACAACCUUUCGCUGGAUAAGAUCGUCGAUGCGAUCCUCGAUUCGUCCAACGAUUCUUCCAAUAACAACAAUAUUAACAAUAAUAACAUCAGCAGCAGCAGCAAUAGCGAGAGGGAAUGCGAGCGGGCGCAGGAGAGGGACAACGAGCUGAACGAAACGCAGGAGGAGAAUCUGAUCAACACGGAGCAGGAGGAGAGGCAAAACUAUUAUUCGGAUCGCAACUCGACGGAUUCGGGUUUCCGGAGUUCGAGCGUGCAAUCCCACGAGCUGGACGCGAACUUCACGUGCAAAUGCAGCGGGACGAAGAAAGAGGAGAUGACGAUGAUCAAUCUUGACGGCACUUACAAUGAACGGUGCGUCGACGAAGACGUUAACGGCGGGAGAAAGAGACAUCUUUCAUCGAGUCCGUCGGAAGAGGAGAUGCAGGUGAAGAGACCACUUUUGGACGAUAAUUGCGCGCUGAGGAGGCAAAAGGGCAUCCGUCGCAGGAGACUGGACGAUAAUAUCAAGACGCCGCAAACGACCAUCACCUCGGAGAUGACCGAUGCUAACGAUCAUAGCUUCGACUCAGAGGACAGCGACGACGUUAAACAUGAGACGUUCGUGGUGGACGUCGUCCCCAAAGUGGCCUGCUCCACGCCAAAUGCUCGAGCUUCGGAGGAUCGCGGCACCAUCGACCUGCAGAUUGAUGCAUCCACCGAAGAGUUGCUCAUCAACAUCUUCAGAUGCUCCGACCUGAGACGCACCAAUGGCCAACCGAUCAACGCGUAUGUGAAGGUUGCAGUGAGCGAGCGCACGGGUGAAGGGCGCAGGAGACGUAAGGGGACGUUGCAAAGAACCGCAGUGCAAGCGGAAUCGUCGAGUCCCGUCUUCGAGCACGUCUUCAAGGUGCCGGUGCAGAAGACCGACCUUCAGAAGGUGCUCCACGUCGAGGUCUGGCACAGGGACAGAGCAACAAGACGCAGCGAGUUCCUGGGAUGCAUGUCCUUCGUUAUAAAAAAUGCAAUUAAAAAGAAUAUCAGUGGAUCGUAUCAGCUAUUGCCGCAAUCAUCGAGUCGGUGCAAUCAGUUGAGCAAGAUGUGCGAGAGUCAAUCGAGCGUGGAGGAUGUCGUGGGCGGUGGUGGACUCUUCGAAGAUAUGGAAGGUGAACCGAAGAAGACGCCCUGCAAAGUGUCGCUUCUGCAACAGCAAAAAGACGCGGACGAGAACCUGUUUUUGAGGUACCUGGAGUUCGAUCCGACUGAGGGUCCGGAGGCGGCGCCCGCGGCCGCCCAAAGGAAGGCGACAGGCAACAAGACUAACGGCCGCACGCCCUUCACCACCACGAAGAUGCUGCGGAGGGCACCGAAGAGCGGAUUCGGAUUUUCUGUAGUGUGGACGCAUCCGCCUCGCAUCGAGCGCGUCGAAAAGGGUCUUCCUGCAGAUAAAGCGGGCAUCCUCCCUGGAGAUUACCUCAUCUUUGUCGACAAGCACAACGUCGUCAUGAUGCCCGAAAUCGACAUCCUAAAUUUGAUCAGGUCGUUUGGUAAUCAGCUGACGUUGGAGACGUUCAGGAGGAACGCUUCCCGAAACGGUUCCGUUCCUAGCGUGCGCCGUCUCAUGAACUUCCCGGAAACGGAAAACUCACCGGGACCAACGGUCGCUCCCGCGUCCAUGGUAACCGCUCAGAGGAGACCUUCGACCGUCUGCUCUACGAACACCACCUCCGUAGAGUACAACCGGAAGAAACUGCAUUUACCCCAAGUCACAUUCAGCUCGGAGAGGCCGACGAGUAGUGCAGAGGAGUCGAGAAGAAAAGCCAUGUACCAAAUAAUUACCAGAGAGCAGCAGUACGCAACAUCUCUUCAAUUUUCGCUCGCCAGAUAUGUUUCGGCGUUGGCCGAGAGGAAGGAUCUCAUCGGGGCCAACGAUCACCGGACGCUCUUUCAGAACGCCGAUGAGCUGCUGCGGAUAACGGAGGACGUGCUGGACAUCCUGGUGCAAGAGGACGGCGACUACCAGACUCAUCUGCUGCUAAGGACGUACCACAUGAAGUUGAACGAGAUGACUGGAGCGUACAAGAGGUACUGUUCGGGCAUACAAAAAGCAGACUGCGUACUUGCCAAUCUGCUGAAGAAUCAGGAGUUCGUUCGAUUCACCCAGGUGCCAGCAAUUCCAAGAAGGCGACCCGACAUCACCGUCUUUGUUCACAAGCCGUUGGAGCAUUACAGGGAGAUUUUGAAGCUAUUCAACGUGCUGCUGGGCCAAACGAAAUCCCAUCACGACGAGUACCACGCCAUCAAUCACAUAGUGCACGAGCUGCAGGUGAAUUACAGGGAGAUGACUUCCGAGGCGGGUCUGAUGGAACCUAUGGGCGAGGGCAGACCACUGCUCUCGGUGCAAGACUUGGAGAACAGGCUGGUUUUCACCAAGUGCAAGCCCUUCGUGCUUAGCAAACCUGGUCGACAGUGGAUUUUCGGCGGUGAUUUGAGCAGAGUCGAAGGUCGGACUGUGCGGCAAUAUUGGGCGCUCCUCUUCAGCGACAUUCUUCUCUUCGCCAAGGUGUCCCGUGACCGGGUGCUCUUCAUUCUGGAAGAUCCGUUGCCGCUGUCGCAGAUCACCGACUUCCUGUUUAACGUCCGUAAAAAGGCCAACGAGUUUCGCAUCGUGCUGGAGCCGGGCGGCGGUAAGAACGCCACCAGUCCGACGGUCCACUGUGGUCCCGACCUCUCGAGAACUCCCAGGAAGAAUCCUGGUAGAAGAUGCCUCAUCCUUCGGACGCCUACCGUCGAGCUGAAGGCCGUCUGGCAGAACCUCCUCCAGCGACAGAUCUUCCACAUAAACGCGGGCAUGGAGGGCAGUUCUUAUAGCAGCCCGUUAGAAUCUCCCGACGUUCCAAUCACCUCCUCCGUGGUUACCCUUCAGUCAGCAGAUUCGUUGUCCCUACGUCGGCAGGCCCCACGUAACGUAAACUACUCGGAACAAACUACCGAGCAAAAAAAGCAAAUAGAUGAGCUUAUAGAGCAUAAAUGUAAGCAACUGGAAAAGUCUAGUAGCAGUAGCAAAAGUAACGCUAUUCAUUUAGAGCAGUGGAUGAAGGGUCAGUUCGGCGGGAACGGCGCCCCCGCUGAAGCGCCCGACGACGAUGACUUUGAACUCUGGACGGAGGAGCGCGUCCGGAAACGCUCUGAAGAGCUCCGGCUGCUCAACAGUACGCAACACGCCAAUGUGAACGGCAACAAUGCGAAUGAUCCCGCAGAGGAUGAUGAUAUGCGUCGAUGCUGCGAGAGCAGAUGCGAAGACAUCGUAGUCUACUCCGACCACGAGGAACUCAGUCCGUCCAGGAGCACCAACACCACAGAAAGCCAAGUGACCGUCCGCUCCAGCCCUCUGGUCCCGGAGACUGUGAACGUGUGCAGACAAUGCCACAGGACGUGCGUGCAAAGUCCCACCAUGAACGGAGACAGGAGACGGCAGGAUUCUAACUGCAAAAACAACAAUUGCGUGGAGGCGGUGCACUUGGCGGAGGAGGAGGAAGAGGAUUGGCGACCACUCGUACUGAUGGGACUGACCGCCGUCAAUCCGACCGCCUGUCUCGUUAAGCUGGACCCAUUCGCAGCUCCGCCACCUCAGAUAUCCGUGCUACCGCCGACCCCCGAAUUGCAGAUGAGCAUCACUCAUUCUGAAUUCAUCCCCGAAGAUGCCAACUGCAAUUGCCAAUCCUCGAGACCACAGAUCGGAGAAUUAAUCCUUAACAAGGACUAUGACAACUCGCCCGAUGAUUCGCCCUUGGUAGAUGAGCAACCUUAUCACUCGUUGAACAGUUCGAAUUUGACGCUGAAGAGGUACGGAACAGUGUCCAGCCUGGAGAGGGUUGCAUCCGAUGAGCAGGAGGAUUAUGAUCCGAGAGAGAACUCGUCGGACGAGGAGAGCGACUACGAAGUGGAAGAAGAGGACGAUCAGGAUGAAGAUGACGACGAUAUCGGCAUAGACAACGAAGCGUUUAAUCACUCAUCAAUCAUGAGUUGGACAGCGAGAGCGGGUACUUUUGUCGCGGAAAAGAUGGCCUUCUUCGAAAAGUAUUUGAAGAAUGAGAUAACCGUGAAUGGAGAUGAUGGACAGGAGGAGGAAACGUCUGGAGCGACUUCGGGUGAGGAGAUCUGGGGGACGCCGACGAGUGGAGGAGAUCUGGACGAUCCGCUGAGUUCGAACUGCGGUGAUCCUCGGAAUUCGCCGAACGGCGAAGAGUCCCUGUCGUCCAACGAAGACACCGAGUUGAUGAUGGAUGAGCUGUUGAUGACGCCGCCCGUGACCAGCUCGAGCAUCAGGGGAUUGCUGCCCAGGCGAACUCUGGAACCGUUGAUGGAAGAAGAGUAUUCGGAUACCUACACGUCGUCCUCGUCGUCAACAGCUUCCUCGGCAUCGAACGACUCGACUCCGACUAGGAGUUCGGUGUCCCCGAAGAAGGGCAACGGAACUGGCGAUGCUGCUGACGAAUGCUCGGCUGCUGCAGAAACGCCGGCCGCACAGACAAAUUCCGCAGGAUCAGAUACACCAAGAACAACGGCGUCGCCGUACGAUUCGACGACGAGAACAUUGUCGUCAUUGGCGAUGGUGACCACGAUGACGACGACGACCACAACCAUCACCACAGGAAGCGCCAACGCCAUCAUCACGGCAACAACAAUAACCUCGAUUCACCGUUCCGAGAGCUACAGACGCAUCAUCGAGGCAGAAGACGACCACGUUGGUUUCUUCACUCGCUUCAGAAAUCGUCCGAGCAUGAGGUUCGUAAAUAUUGAGCGGAUCCCACCCACCAGAGGUGUCAAGUUCUUGGAGUUUUUCAACGUGCGGCGCGAGCGAAAGAUCUACGAGACCUUCCCCGGAGGCAAACAUCUGAUCAAGGUCUUCAGCAAGGAAGGCGACUACUCGGACGAGGUGCCAACCGCGUUUUCCGAGAAACCUGAAUCUCUGCGCAGAUUAAAGGAGAGACAACUGGAUCGAAGAUUCUGGAAGCAGCUGAGCAAACGUCGUGGAAACAAACCGAUCCAACUAUCGGCCUAGUAGUUAUGUGACCUGUUGAUUUUCGAUGACGACGUCGACCAAUUAAUUUCCCUUCGCUCAACAACUACUAAUUACAUGAUGCAACAUGCACUCUAGCGUGUGCCGAAAGUGCUUAGAUUUUUUUCCCCCCAAAAUCGUUCAUUUCUUUUGGUGUAGGUCCUUAAAAAAAUGAACAACCCCCAACUCUCCGCAUAUUCCCUUUAUAAAUGGAACACAUAAAACACAUGAAACUAAAAAUAUUUAGUAGGUUUGCGAUUUGAUUAGCCAUUCUCGUGGAGUUUGUUUACUUUUUAGCCAUAUUACUAUUAUUAUUAUUAACGAAUUAAUAAUGAAAUCAUUAUGAUUAUGAUUCUUGUAUUCCUCCUCCGUAGUCGAAGAUUAUGAAGAGUGUGCUCGUUUUUUUCAUUCUUUCUUUUUUCUAUCUUUCUUUCUUACUUGCAUUCUUUCUUCCUUGAUUAGUUUGUACAUUGAUUCGAAGUAAAUAGGAAACACAUUAAAAGACAAUUAUCAAACAGGAAACCUAUUGAAGAAAACAAGAGUAAAGCGUUAUAAUACCAAUAAUAAUAAUAAAAAUAAUCAUCCGUCACAUAAUGUUUGUGAUAAGAAGUAAACCUAAA